CGGGUACAUAAAUAAAUAAGGAAGAAGCCCUAAGUACAUCUCGCGCUCUCCUCUCUCUCUCCCGCCCAACGCCUAAUUCUUCCUCAGCGGCUUCUCACUCCCAGCCCGCUCGUCCUCUCCAUCUCUGAGCUCGGUCUAACUUUGACAAACUUGGGUAAGAAUGGUUGAUUUCCUGUUUGAUGAUAUAUUUAGCAUUGAGAAAGUGGACCCAGAUGGCAAAAAAUUUGACAAAGUUUCCCGGAUUGUAGCACAGAGUGAGAAGCAUGAUGUGUUGCUGCUCCUAGAUGUGAAUACGGAAAUAUAUCCUAUGCAUGUAAAGGAGAAGUUCUUGAUGGUGCUGUCUCCCACACUUGAGUGGAGCGGAGCACCUGUUACUGGAAAACGUGGGCAGGUUGAGCAGAAAUCUCUUGCUGACAAAUUUGAAUAUAUUAUGCAUGGAUUGCUGUACAAAAUGUCAACAGCAAGUUCAGAAUCUUCAAAAGGAAACCCCAAGGCUUCAGAUGAAGGUUCAAAGACUGAGGUCAAAGUGGAGGUAUACGCUUCAUUUGGUGGGCUUCAGAUGAUGCUGAAAGGAGAUCCUUCGAGUUGUACUAAGUUUAAGAUUGAUCAGAACUUAUUUUUGCUUAUCAGGAAAUUGAUGUGAGACUUCUCGCAUGAUUGAAUGGCUUUUAAAACCUCUACAUUGCUGUUACUUUAUACCCUUUUAAAUAGGUCGAAUUCAACUUUUGCGUUUCUUUAACGCUGCUAAUGUUGCAACUUUGCAAUUUUCUGAUAUAUGUUUUUCUUGGUGAACCAAUUUUUUGAGUUCA